CGGAAGUACACACUCCACAGCAAUUACUGUAUUUGGAAACUUUUACCAGCGUAAACCUUCUAAAAACACUGUUACGUGUUAUAUUAUCUAAAGAGCCGGUUGAUUUACCAGAGCAGCGUUUUCCUUCGUUGCGGCAGACAUUGAGAUGCUGGCAACGGUUUAGACAGGACCAUCUGCCUCGUUUGUUUACAUGGGAGACAAAACACCUGACUAGCUAACGUUAGCAACCUAGCUUGUUAAAAUCGAUUCACAUGAGCUGGUCAUUUUCCAGCGACCUUUCCCUCAGGAAUGUGACUUAACGUUAGUCAACGUUCCUGUAUACGAGAGAAGGGUUGUAUUGGUUGUCUUGGUGGGGCGUUGGAAGGGUACCAAUGCGGAGCUAACGUUCAACGUGUCGAGCGUUAGGUCAUUUGUUUUGUCACCGCAACCUGCGGCCAGUUUUCAUGUCAAGAUGCCUUGUUCCUGUGGGAACUGGAGAAGAUGGAUUCGGCCGCUGGUCGUCGUGCUGUAUAUUUCGUUGCUUUUAGUCGUCCUGCCCUUCUGCAUCUGGGAGCUGCAGAAGUCAGGGCUCGGCAUUCAUAAUAAAGCAUGGUUCAUCGCUGGGAUAUUUGUCUUCAUGACUAUGCCCAUAUCAUUAUGGGGCAUCCUCCAGCAUCUGGUUCACUACACUCAGCCAGAGCUUCAGAAACCCAUCAUCAGGAUAUUAUGGAUGGUCCCAAUCUACAGCUUGGACAGUUGGAUUGCAUUAAAAUACCCAAGGAUAGCAAUCUAUGUGGACACGUGCAGAGAGUGCUACGAGGCCUACGUCAUCUACAACUUCAUGACCUUCUUGCUGAACUACCUGGAGAAUCAGUACCCCAGCCUGGUGUCGAUGCUGGAGUCCCAGGAGCAGCAGAGACAUCUGCCCCCCCUCUGCUGCUGCCCGCCCUGGCCAAUGGGAGAGGUUUUGCUGCUGAGAUGCAAACUGGGAGUGUUGCAGUACACAGUCGUAAGACCCGUCACAACAGUGAUCGCUUUGAUCUGUCAGCUGUGUGAAGUGUACGACGAAGGCAAUUUCAGUUCAACAAACGCAUGGACGUACCUGGUCAUCUUCAACAAUAUGUCACAACUGUUUGCCAUGUACUGCCUGGUGCUGUUCUACCGGGCUCUGAGAGAAGAACUGGGUCCAAUCAAGCCAGUGGGCAAAUUCCUGUGUGUCAAAAUGGUGGUGUUCGUCUCUUUCUGGCAAGCUGUGUUCAUCGCUUUGCUGGUGAAAGUGGGCAUUAUCUCAAAGGAGCGUAUAUGGGACUGGAAGAGUGUGGAGGCUGUAGCCACUGGCUUACAGGAUUUCAUCAUCUGUGUGGAGAUGUUCCUGGCAGCCAUUGCCCAUCACUACAGCUUCACCUACAAGCCUUACAUCCAGGAGGCUGAGGAGGGUUCUUGCUUCGACUCUUUCAUGGCGAUGUGGGACGUCUCUGAUGUCAGAGCAGACAUCUCUGAACAAGUCCGCAAUGUUGGGAGAACGGUUAUGGGUCGGCCAAAGAAGCAGUACUUCGGUGAGGCUCAGGAUGAUGGUGAGCGGUCUGGCCUGCUCUCUUCGGGCUCCCAAGAUGUCAUCACGGAGGCGGUGUCCAACCCCGUGUCACCCAAUGGUCAAUACCAAGGCCUGGGCAGAACCCUCACACCACACUCUGUGUCGGCGCCGGCCGGGCUCAGCUCGGCCCCGUGGGAUGAAGGAUACGAGGCUGGACUUGAAGAAACCCCGGAAGAGGAAAGGACCAACCAAACCAAAGAACCAGUAGAAGCAGAUCUCAUCGUGAUCACCUAGCGUACCUUCAAGGCCGACGUCACCGACAGACUCUACCCGAUAUGGUUGGGCGGGACCCAAUUACAGCCUUGCCAUUUUCUUUUCAGACAUUACAAUAUUGUUAAAAGAUUAAAUAAACCAGGUGUACCAGAUGGACCUCUCUGCCAGUGACAGCUCCAAGAAUGUUCGGUGAACUUAUGGCACUACGUGACUUCUAGAUGUGUAUUUUAUGCCGUUUUUGUUUCACUAGGGAGCUAUUUGGCUCAGUAGGCUAUGAGGAAUGGUUUUUAAUUCAUUGAAGUUGGGAAAGACUUCCCGUCAAUUUUAACGUGCGUCCCAAACGGCACACUAAUCGUGUUUCUUGAGAUGAGAUGCCUCCCGAAGUGUGUGUAUCCUUUCCAAAUAGGAAAUGAUGGACACAUUUGUGUCGUCUCAGUCAUAUCAUGAUCUCAGAUGCCACGGUUAGAUGACAAAGACAAAUAUGCAACUUUUUAAAUAAGAAUGUUCUCUUCAGUACAUCUUAAUUUAAAGUGAUUUCAAAAGGCAUCGAUUGAAAUAAUCGUAAAUCUACGAUAUCAAAGCACAUUAGAUGUCUUAGGCGAAAAGAGACGAGUUUAGGGAUGCAAAGUUGAGAUUAAACAGUUUCAGUUGUAUGUUAGAGCCAUGCCUGCUGAAUGACGUAUCUGAACAUUGUGACAUCACUAUUAAUACAAUGUAUUUACUGUAAGUACAUUCUAAGUAUUAAAACAGCGUACACAAACAGCAUAUUCUGAUACAUUUGUAUUAAUGAUUUAUUGCAUUCAGCUCACUCUAAAGUGUUUCAUAGACAUUCAUUGACUAGUCUCAUCAGAUGCCUUGUUCUAUGUGUUGUGGAACUAGUCGGUCCACUACAUCAAUUUAUAUAUCAGGAUCAGUUUUAUUCUGAUGAGACGUUCAACAUCAGUUUUAGCUGGAAUCAUUUAGCUGUUACUGCAACCAAGCCAUGUAUUGUUCUCCAUAGAGGUUCUGAGCUUUUGUGUCAUUGUGACUUACAUGGAUGUGUGCAGGGUUAUUGACAUGUGUAUGUACAGUGUGGGAUAUCAGUUUGUGAAGAAACAACCUGUAAAUCUAUCAAAUCAACAGCAUAAUCUUUAUCAUAUCUAGCUAGAGAACGUUGCAUUGCCUUACAUGAUUUUAUUUUAUUUUUUAAAUAAAACUGACAGGAUUACAUUAGAGCUGAUGUAAAUGGUUCCACAUGUUGAUUUAAUUCCAUCACUGACUGUCUCCCCAAUAAAUCUGAUUAACUACAGUAU